AUGGAUUUUGGAGGCCCGAUAUACGAUACGGCGUCUCGGACGUGGCCGAUUUCAUACUCAGUUUUCAACGAUGGAUCGAUCGACGAAAUCAUCCACGCAGCCACCAUCCGUGCACCUGGAGACUUCAAUAGCGAAGCAUCGCACAAGGUUUUCGGUGCAAUCCAGACCGUCACCCUAGCGGCUGGAAAGGCCUACAUCAACAUCUGUCAUUGCCGACGGCCCGGUCGCACCCCUCCCCCUUCCUUCAACGGAAUUUUGCUUUCUCAUGACAGUGAUUGCCACGAAACUGUGGGCUUUUCGGGCUUCUGGCUAGAAGGUUUCAAAUUCGUGACAGCUGCACACUUUCUCUCGUCCAAUCCACCGUUGAGUGAGGAAGAGAAAAAAGAUACACUGGACCUUCUCAAGUACGCUUCGCCGCCACCGUCCACCAGAGCCAUGAGAGCCCGUGUUUCGUCACAAUUUAGCUCCCAGGACUGCAACCACUAUGAGCACCUGGUGGGUCAGCUCCAUGUUCCACAAAUCUACGAUGUUCAGUUAGCAGACCAUAAUGAAGCCGCCGACAUUGCCGUCUUCAGACUAGCGGUACACGAAACGAGACGACCCCAGGUAUGGAUCAAGAACAGCCAGCUCAGCUCCGCAGCUGCCAAUUUUCCAGGCACAGUCCCCAGCAUGGUCUUCUCUACGUACUACCCAGCUUCUGAUUACCCCGUCAAUCCGAUAAACAAUCUGUCGCCCGUUGAGAAGAAAGAGCAAGAGAAUUGCACCAGAUUCGAGUUGAUGGUCAAAGAGCGGGUGCGCAAAGGCAAGCAGUGUGGAGACAACUCCGACCAGGUACACCUGCCCCGCUUCGAAGACAUCUUCCAUGCAAAUUGCCGAUCUAUUGGGUUCGGGCAUAUCGCAGAACCCAGUCCACGGGAUGUUUCGCAUCGUGGCGCUGUUUUGCGUACCCACAGCAUUCCUGGAUUCGCAGGAUGUUCCGGCGCAAUGAUUGGGUGUCUGGAGACUACUCAUUGUCCUACUCCCGAAGGUCUGCUAGUCCCGAAUUUGUCAGUUAAAAUCAUCGGCAUUUUCAAAGGCGAGAGCGGUGAUUGUAUGAACUACAAUACUUUCAGCGCAUUCACUCAGUGUGGCGUCGAUAGCAUAGUCAAUUGCUAA